CCGCCAUGGCCGGUCCGCUCCCACGCCCGCACCACACCCCCUCCCCUCCGGCCCUUCCUGCCCGGCUUGCCCACGCUGCCCCGCGCUCCCGCUCUUCGGCCCGGCUCUUGCAUCCCUUCCCUCGCCCUCCCCGUCCCUCUGCGUGGCUCCCCCCGCAUUGUGUCCAUCUAUUUGUCUUCCUGUUUUUUUAGAUCCCACCAAAGCUCGGCCUGCCCUCCCCACGCUGCUGGACAGCCCGGCUGGUCGGUGAGCAUCUACCCCUCAGUAGGUCGGGCAGAGCGGAGCGUGGAGUCAGAGGGGCUUGCUCCAGGCAGAGUAGAGACCAAACCCCCAAGAAGAAGCUUUAGAGUGUCUCCAUAUGCCCUUAAGUCACCAGAUCAUCAGAUCCCUGAGUUGUUCCAGAGCCGGGCUGGGUUUUUCAGGAAGGCUCAGCACUCUUGUAGCCCUGAGGUGUGCAGGCAGCUCUCAUGCCCCGGUAGAAGGCCAGGCUGGCCAGCCUUGCUCUGGGGGGCUGUAACUGUGUCAGCACAACGCUGCUGAGCCUCAGCAGUGCUUUUUCCUUGGUGCCUCAAUGGCAGCUGAACUCCCAGUUGCUUUUUAGAACAAAAGGUGAUAAAGGGGUAGAGCUUGUUCAGCACACUGACCUCUAGCUCUGGGGUGGUCCAAGCAGCAUCUGGAGCAAUUUCUGUCACUGUUUCCAUAAAAUAUUUUAAUGUACCCAACUUAAAACCAAAUAAAUUGUCGUCAUUACAAGCUGCAUUCCUCCUCCUGGCCAUUUUGACAUUUGUCCAUCUAUUAUGGCUUAGAAAUCCAUCCAGAUCCCAGAACAGCAUUAAACUUCUAAGAUUGAUGCUAAAAUGGACAGAAUAUCUGCCAGUACUAUUCUUGUCUGUGAGGAUUGGGAUUUGAAUCUCCCCCAAACAAUGCUUUGAACAGCUCAGCCUUCUACAGCUAUGUUGAUGGGAAUGUUAAAGUCUCAAAGGAUCAUGCUGCAAUCCUGCAAAUUUAAGCUGUUGGGGUUUUUGUUGUUUGUUGUGGGUUUUUUGAUAGGUUAUGAAGCAAGCAGUGUAAGAACCCAGGUUUAAAACUCGUUUAAAAUAUAAGUAAGCUCUCUUCUCCUUCCACCCAUGUCUUCCUUCAGGCUUUGGUUUUGCUCUCUGAUCAAACCUGCAGAAAUAGACACUGUGUAUGUUUUCAGGUGCACUGUCUGAGCGUGUGCUUGUGGAAUCUCCAGUUUCUUUGGUGUGUUUGGAUGCUGCAGACAGACCCACCUCAAACCCCAUUCCUGUCCCACCUCAAACCCCAUUCCUGUCCCUCCUCAAACCCAAUGACGGUUUUGCCUGACCUCAGGAUUUUCCAUGUGGCACUACCUGGGCACCUCCACAGGCCACACUGAGCCUUUCUGCUUUGCAGUUUUGGGGAAGCUUGGGGCAAAUCAGUGGGGCAAAGGGUGAAAAGACACAUUAACCUCUGCCCAUUCUGCACAGUGUCCUCUGCACGAGACCUUGUUCUGUUGUCCUGAUCUGUCAUCGCUGCCAUCUCCACUCACCAUGAACACAAAUGUGCAUGUUGUGCUUUAGUCUUCCUACCUGUAGUUCAGCCAGGCUGAACCAGGUCACUGUUUGGAUAGGAGACCUUCCAGGAGAGUUUACUCACAGUAGGAAACACAGCUCACUUACUGAGACAUAUUUUUCUAUUACUGGACCCAGCCUUGAGCCUUCUGGUUCUGGGGAUGAUGACCUGUAGAAAUUCCAGCUUUGAAUGGAAUAAAAGCAAGUUCUUGGGCAUUUCUGAUCAUGAUGGAACUUUUUGCAGUUUACUGCAGAGUAGGAGAGUGUCCUGGCCAAAUUCCACCUUGGGUGAUUACGUUCAGCUGACUGAAAAUGAUCAGUAGCAAUUGCUGCAUUUCACUGUUGGGCAGAGCUCCACACAGGGGUUUGAAUCUGUAAAGUGGCUUAGGCUAAAGCAGAAAGGAAAAGAAUUACAGAAAUGUCCCUUUAACCCUAAUUCCUGGAGGCCUUGUGAGGCUCGUCAGACUGCUGUCACAUUCCUCUAAAUGCCAGUGAUCCAGCUGGUGGGGCAUUCCUUGGAAUGCCUGUCCCCCAUCACAGGAUGGCUGUCAGAACAGUGGUGCUUUGUGUAGGGCACAUACACAUCCCCACACAUCAAGCAAGGAAACAAACAGAAUGGGUGAAAAAAAGAAGUAAUAAAAAGAAUACUCAAAGUUUUCUUUGUGAUGAUGCGGUUCAGGCUGAUCCGUGGUUGGUGUUUUGUUCUCAAAAAAGCUGAGUGCUCCUUUGGCUCAAAAAGGUAGAGAAACACUGAUGUAAGAUAUGGAAGGCAUAAUGGAAGAGUGUUUUCUGUUAUAUAUGCACCCCAAUGUAUAACAGUUUAUUUUUUUCUCUCCCUGACUUUUCAUCCUUUAUUUUGUACCCAGAUUUUCUUGCUCCUGUUUGAAAUAUGCCUUAUAACCUUACAAGUUUUCAGAAGACCACUGUGUUUCACUGGGAUAAGGAAUAUUGCAUCUGCUUCAUAGCAGGAGGAUGUUGUAUGUGUUACAGCUUAACUUUGUUCUACUUUACACCUAGAUAAAGGAUGAAGACUGUCUGUACCAUUUUGAUUACCUCUUCUAGGGUUCAAAGAGAAUCAUUUCCCCUGACCUCCAUUUGCUAAUGGCUCAGCCUGAUCUAACUGGCACACAGAUAAACGUGCUGUUACACAAAAGUUACAGUAGCAGGAACCACCUCAAUGCCCCAAGCUCCUCUGCCCGUGUUGGUGGCUCUCUGUGAUCAGCCAAAAGCCGAGCGACGCAGUCCUGAGUGCUGCUCCCGAGGAAUUUGGGUGUGAAUGGACAGUGCUGUCACCCCUGAGAGAUGAGACAAAGGACCCCGCACCCCGACAGCUCUGCGAGCUCCAAAGAUGAGAGUCCUGCACACCGAGUUCCGUGCUUUGUCUCCAGAGUGAUCUUCGUUCCUGUUAAGCUCACCUCACUGCUCGUCACGAGUUUUGCUUUUGGGAUUUAGACCACUUCAUUUUAUCCCUCCCUUUUUACACAAAGACUGUUAAAUAGGACUGUUAGUGGAAUGAGCAAAGCCAAUACUCACAGGGUUUAACUUUGUACCAAUAGCACCUUUUGCCCUAGAAUGCCUUACCAAUGCCACCCAGCACCUGUGUCCCAGUGUACGACUCGGCCUGACGUUUCCUCUGGCUUAGGCACCCCCUCAGCCUCCCGAGCUGACUUUUAGGGACAUUUCCGCACGUAGCAUCUCAUCCAACCAGUCAGACACCACCUGUCUGCCAGGUCCGGGAGCUCUCUCCGUGAAUGUGCUCAGAGCUAAAGACACCACGUGUGCAGCCCGGGGGCAGAUGCCGUCCACCUGAGCUGCGGAGGCGCCCGAGGGAUGGCAGAGGGAGGGGAGGCUGGCGCUCCUCCCGUGCGGCUCUGGGUGCGGCGCGUGGGGGUUUACUGCGAUGAGCACCGCAAAACCUGGCUCGUGGCUGCGGAAGAGGCAAGUGUGUGCUUUGAGCUUCCCCCUGGUUGUAGCGUUGCUGUUUCAGGUGCCUCUGCCAGUAACUGCCUGCUCUGUUUGUUACUUUCCCCCAGGAGGAAGCUUGGUGGUGUUGAAGAACUGCUGCUUAAACUCGUGCCUGGGGAUUAAUCUGCUCCUGAACAUGUCCCGGAAGGAUCCCUGCCAGAAACAAGCCUGUGAAAUACAGAAAUGCUUGCAAGCGAACAACUACCUGGAGUCCAAGUGUGAAGCUGCACUUCAGGAGAUGCGGAAAUGCUGCGCUCGGUACCCCAAGGGCAGAUCCAUCUGUUGUUCAGGGUUUGAGAGAGAAGAAAGGGAGAGAGAAAAGGUUAAGUUGACUUCAGAAGGAAUUUCCCCACCACCUCAGUAACACAAUGCAGCUCCAGCAAGUGCUGGAGCAUGGACUCACUUGAAGAGCUCAUGUGUGUUUUUCCAAGCCUUCUUUAGACUUUCAGAAAAGCCAGAUUGCUCCUGGAACACACCGUUCAGCACACCAAAAAGCAUUACACAGUACCAACAUAUGGCCUGGUUAACAAACUUUAUUUUCUGUAUGAAAACAUAAUCUAUGUUGCCUCUGCAUCACACCUGUGAAAUGUCAACUUGAUGUUUUUAGGAUGCUUACCUUACUCUAAUCCAUCCUUGCUCUAAAAAUGGAGAAUUGGAACAGUUAUUCUGGCUUCUGGAGUGAGAGGUACAGGAAAUGAGCUCAGAAGAGUGAGUUUAAACAUGAAGCCCAUCUUGAUAAAACAAAGGUAUUGCUGCCACCAUGCAGUAGUUCCAGACAACAUUUGCCUGUCCAGUGGUUCAAGCUCAAGAAUGGGAAUCAGGUCUGAUGAUUGUUCCUAAGUCUUGCAUAGAUCAUGAGUGACUACAAGUCACUUUGCCUAAGUGCCUCACUUUUCCACUGGACAGAGUUGUUUAUUUUAUAUUUGAAUUGACUACACGCUGCUAUUUGCAUGAUAAAGAUGUUACAGGAAUAUUAUUUCAGGGAUUGCUACAGGGAUAGGAUAUUUUUUUAAAAAAGCAAUAUUCAUUUGAAAGAUUUGACUGUUGAUACAAAAUUUAUAAAUUUAUGUCUAAUUGAACACCUUUAAGCAAUAUGCUUUGAAUCCAAGUUUAGUUAAAACUGCUGAUACCCAAAGGCCUAUCACAGAGCCCUGGGCUAGAUCCAAGAACUGACUUAGGUGCUGCUUACUGAACAAGCAGUUGUAGGCAGUUAUUUUCCACACAGCAUUCCAGACUCACUCCCAAGCUGGCUGUGUCUGGACCCCAGGAGAGAUGGCUUUCCAGAAGCUCUUGGCCAUGCAGCAGAAUUUCCUGUGACCUGUAGGAAGAGCUCAUAGACAGGUUCCUGCACCACCCUUCAGAGCUGCCUGUCUUGCUGUCCCCUGUAGUAGGAGUCCAGGCACCCAAAUAUCAGGCUCCCAACCCACUAGCCCUAACUCUGUAUUAGAUCUAGCCGUAAAGGACUUUUGUGCUGUGAUCAAGUACAACUUACUUAUGAAAUAGAGCUUCUAUAAACCACUGAGGUCUAGGCACAAUAGUUGUGUGUAUUGAAGCCUAGAAGAGCAAACCAUCUGUAUUCACUGCUCUGAAAUACCAUGGUACAAAAUAAACGACUGGAACAAAU